CUGGGUGACGUUGUCAGGCGAGAGGACACUUCCUGAUGCUGGCAGCCGGGUCUAGCUAGGCUAGCUAACAGAUUUCAUUUUCACAGUUUGGGUAAACCUGUGAAGUACAGCGUGGUCAAGUCGUCAGAUACAGUGGUUGGAGCAGAAGAGGUCGGACCGCACAAUGAACGGCCAGCUGGACCUGAGCGGGAAGCUGAUCAUCAAAGCCCAGUUGGGUGAUGACAUCAGACGCAUCCCUAUCCAUAACGAGGACAUUACUUAUGAUGAGCUGGUGCUGAUGAUGCAACGUGUCUUCAGGGGCAAGCUGCAGAGUAACGACGAGGUUACCAUCAAAUACAAGGAUGAAGAUGAUGACCUCAUCACCAUCUUCGACAGCUCUGAUCUCUCCUUCGCAAUCCAGUGCAGUAGAAUACUCAAACUGACUUUGUUUGUGAAUGGUCAGCCACGUCCUUUGGAGUCUAGCCAGGUGAAGUACCUGCGCAGGGAGCUCAUUGAGCUCAGGAAUAAAGUCAACAACCUCCUGGACAGCCUGGAGCCCCCCACAGAGCCUGGUCUGGCUGCUACAGCACCUGUCAGUGAAUCAGUGGAUGGACGUGAGGGUAAGAUGGUGACAGCAGAAACCACAGUGAAACAGGCUAUCCCAGUUAGCGCAGCCAGCAUGUCAGCCUUCGACCCGUUAAAAAACCAGGACGAAGUCAGCAAGAAUGUCAUCUCCGCUUUUGGCCUGAGCGAGGACCAGCCUGCAGUUCUGCCAGUGGUUGCACCAGAGGAGCGCUCAGGAACGCCUGACAGCAUUGCUUCCUCCUCGUCUGCAGCCCCUCAGCCAGGAGUGCCCCCCCAACCACAGGCUCCCUAUCCUGGAGUACAACAGGCACCCCCAGCUGGCAUGGAUGGUCAGGUGUAUCAGCAGUACCAGGCUCCAGGUGGAUACCCGCCUCAGCAACCAGGUGCCCCACAACAGCAGCAGUAUGGUAUGCAAUACCCUGCAGGAUACAGCUCUCAGCCCGGAGCCCCUCAGCCCGGUCCACCACAGCCGCCGCAGCAGCAGUUCCAGAGCUAUGCGCCUCCCUCCUCCCAGGCUCCUGCCCCUGGUCCAGCCCCAGCAGCGGGCUUCCAGGGUGGCCAGCAGCAGCCUCAUCCAUCUCAGGCAGCCCAGCAGUAUCCACCAGGAGCAUUCCCUCCUCAAAACUAUACCUCCCAGGCCUCCCAGCCUGCCAACUACAGCCUGCCGCCCAGCUCCCAGCCCGGCUCUGGGUACCAGCCCCGCCCAGGAUACACCCCGCCUCCGGGCAACACUGUCACCCCUCCACCCGGAGCUGCUAACCCGUAUGCUCGCAACCGCCCCCCUUACGGCCAGGGCUACACCCAGCCAGGUCCCGGAUACCGGUAAAAGAGGGUAGUGGACGAUCCUUACACACACCCAAACUCCCUACCCUCUAUGUGGCUCCAACUGUUUGGACUGGGUGCAGGAAACAUGCUUUAUUGCUCUGCAUCUCCCCUCGUACAAAUAUCAAGUCCAAAUAUAAAACAAGCAACCCCACCCCCCACCCCCACCAAGUCUGAUGGUUAGUGUUUGUAUGCUGUCUCUCCAACACACCUCUGUGUUCUGGCCUUGGCGUACGUUCCCUGUUUUUUUUGUGGGUUUUUUUUUUUUUUUUUUGGUCCCUCGUCUCCUGUCACCACCACUGUCUGCUCUGCCCUCUUGUACCCGUCUUUGUAAAAAUGUAACAAGUCUGUAUGCGCACACCUGGAAGACCAAAACAGGCUGUUUCACAAACUGUAGUUUAAUGUUGUUUUCAUGGUAACACUUCAUUUACUGAGUCAGAUCAGCAUCUGUGUCGUACAUCUCAGCCAUGUUUGGUUUACUGUGCGUGGAUGCAUUUAUAAGACACUACCUAAAUGAAAUGUUACUCCUUGUUGUUAUGUUUUGUAUGUUUUGUUUUGUUGUUUAUUUGAUCAAUUUCACCACCAUGUCGGUAUUAAUAAUUUGUCAAUGAAACUGCCCCAUGUUGGGAACACUAGCUAAGUGAUGGCUUAUGGGAGUUGUAGAUCCCAGUCUCAUGAAAAAAGUUUUUUCUUCUGUUUAGCUUGUUCUAUCACCUCCAGUAAAGCUUGCGAUUGCUCUCUUUCUCUUUCUCUUAUCACUGGUUUUUACUAAAAAAUCAAAGCAAAUUCCACCUUCAAGUGAGAUUAGUUGUUUAUGUAUAAACUGUAACAUUUUUUUCUUGAACCUAAUAAAUGAUUGAGACCCA